AUGGAUUCGGCGACCGCAUGCGACCGGGCGCUUUGGGUCCUGAACUUGAGGCUGGCUUUCCGCCUUUCUGGAGCACAUGUCAUGCGGAAAGAGCAGCCUGCUGCGAGGCAUCACGUGGAAGAGGUGGAAGAUCAGGGCUUGGAGUUCUCGAUGGGUCCUUUGGGAUGCGGUUACGUCCCGGUGCCUCACAGGAAGGAAGCCGCACACUUUUCAGGCACGUUGCUUACUCUCCUCUUCGACUGGAUACCGAAGCCUUGCGCUACUCCUUUGCUGCUGCGUUGGUACGGAUCAUACUUCCAGCACAUCAUCACUGCGGCGGUCAGUCCGCCUCCGGAGCGGAGCUCCGUGCCCCACCUGAGCUGCCGGCACCGGCAUUUCCAGCUUUGCUAUGCGAAGGUCUUGCGAAGACACAAAGGCUUCAGCAAUUACCUCUUCCUUGGAUCGGAUGUGUUCAUGCGACCCCAGCGCUUGCUAGGCUUCCCGCUGGAUCGUCCAUGGCUUUUAGCAUCUGGUGGCUACAGUCCCAGGAGCUAUGGAGAUGACUUGCUGGAUAGAGCCACCAGUCGCCCAAGCGACGAGGCGCUGAUGAAAUGGUGGCAGGGACCCUCUGCUGUUGCUUUGAAGAGGUUAUAUGUGGAAGCUGCUGGUGGGCCCCGCGUACCCCAAGCUUCUGCACCUGGAGUUGCCAACAUUCCAGCCAUCAUGGGGAAGUAUUUUGUGUCGCUCGCUGAAUCGCUGUCAGAGGUCCGAGGUGACCUGGCACAGUCGAUGAUUUUCGAUCUGUGGGAAGUGAUCCCAGGGACUCCCAAAACCUGGCUCGUGGCUGAGAAUGACACGCUUUGGAUGCGUGGCCCCGGCACUCGCCAGCGCUUGUAUGAAGAUCACCUGGCAGCGUUUACACAUCCGCUAUGGCUCUCCGGGCCGAAGGAGCAGAAGAGCCUCGACAUAUACCUCUUAGAGCAUGAGCAGGAUUUCUGA